AUUUUAAAUAUUUUUACAGGACAAAAUAAUGGAGGAAUAUCUUCAAACUGGAAAAUUUCCUGGAAAAUACAUAGAAUUUUCUCGUCGUCCUUAUCCCAUUAUCAAUAUGAUUUUUUGGUCAUUAGUAGUGGGAACACCUUUUAUUUAUGGUUUAUGGUUAAUGUUUCUUUCUGGAAAUACUGUUGUCAUCAUGAUUGCAUGGACGCUUGUUAUAACAGUAAUGACGGGUGUAUAUUUACUUGUUCGUGUUACAAAAGCUGACAAAGGUUCUGCCUAUGGCAAGACUUCACCCACUACAGCAUUGCCCAAAACCGACGACGACGAAACUAAAGUGAAGUUAAUGGAAGGAUCGGUAACAAUGGAAACAAUACCCGAGACCGCAGAAGAUCAAGAGAACCUUAACAUCCCUAACGGACACAUAAACGAUGAAGUGAGAGUUUCGUAGAAUUU